GGUGCAGACGUCUUGCUCGCUUGCUCACUUGGUCGAGGGACUACCGCUCUCUCUCUCGCUCUCUCUCGCUCGGCUCCAGCCUCAGCCGGCUCGCUGUGACUGAGCCGGGGCGACGACUCUCGCUGGCUGGCUCGCCCACGGAGAGCACAAGCAGAUGGGGGGGUGUACUUCAUUUCCCAGAAUGCCACAGGUGUGACCGCCGCAGGUGACCCGCAGCGCCGACCUUCAGCCAGUCAGCAGCCAAUCAUCUUCCUCGGAGGCGCCAUGGCAACUGCAUCCGCUCGCAGCCUCGGCGGUCCCCAGCUGCUGCGCUGAGCACGGCGAGCAGGAGAAGGAGAAGAAGAAGAAGAAAAGGAUUCUGGGUGUUUUUUUAAUGGACUUGGUUUCGGAGCCACAGAGGAGCGUGGGAGUGUGUCUGACUUUGAAAAACAAGGAUUUUUCUUUUCGUGGAACCUGGGAUACAAAGGAGGCUUUCAAGUGACUCACACAGUGGAUGUAAGGCGACUUUUUUACCAGUUUUUCUAUCAGGAUGUGGACCAGCAGGAGGUGACAUGCGGCUCCUUCUGCCAUGUAGAGACCUGCACAAACCUCACAGAAACUUUUCCUCCCCACGCGGCCAUUUUUAACAAGCUGAGAGCUGCCGGAUAGAGAGACGGGCCUGUCUGUCCCGGAGAGGACGAGCUGAGCGAGGACGAAGAGGAGGAGGAGGAGGAAGAAAAAUUAUUUUAUUUUUCAUGUUCAGCGACGACAAAGCAAGCAAGCAUUUGUUUCCCUUCCGGCCGAACUCAACCCGGAGGACAUUUAUCUUCCCCUUCCCUGAUUCUGUCCCCGAUGUGGACAUGUCCUCUCUAGAGGGUUCUCUGCAGAAUCUCCAUAUCCAGUGUGAGGGAGAAGAAGCAGAAAGGAACUGACAGAUAUAAAAACAGAAAUAGAGAGGAGAAUCCGGAGCUCAGACUUUGUUUCCUGUUUUUUAAACCCGUCCCCCGUCCCCGGAGCGUCUGUCCCAGUGUCUCUCCUUGUGGAUCGUACAUCAUCAGAGGGGAUCUUUUGAUAUCGGCUCCUGGUGUCGUCAUCUUCAUUCUGUGGCGGUACAGGCAGCCAGCAGACCAUUCUCCAUGAGGAGCAGUGGAAGAUGCCGGCUCUGCCAGCACUGCUGCUGUCGAUUUACCUCGCCGUCCUGCUGCUGACCAUGGCACCGCUCUCCUUCAGCCAGGCCAACACGCUGUCUGCUGUCCGCAUGGCGGCCAUCUUGGACGACCAGUCGUCGUGUGGGCGUGGCGAGCGUCUGGCGCUGGCUCUGGCGAGGGAGAACAUCAACAGUCUGAUGGGAUCGUCUCAGGCCCGGGUGGAGGUGGACGUCUACGAGCUGCAGAAGGACUCCCAGUACGACACCACCGACACCAUGUGUCAGAUCCUGCCGAAGGGCGUGGUCUCUGUGAUUGGCCCCGCCUCCAGCCCCGCCUCCGGGUCCACCAUCAGCCACAUCUGUGGGGAGAAAGAGAUUCCUCACGUGAAGAUCGGUCCGGAGGAAACCCCGAAGCUGCCGUACCUCCGCUUCGCCUCGGUGACUCUCUACCCCAGUAACGAGGACCUGAGCCUGGCCAUCGGCUCCAUGCUGCGCUCCUUCGGCUUCCCCACCACCAGCCUCAUCUGCUCCAAGGCAGAGUGCCUGCUGCGGUUGGAGGAGCUGGUCCACCGGUUCCUCAUCUCCAGGGAGACGCUGUCGGUGCGGAUGCUGGACGACAGCCUGGACCCGACCCCGCUGCUGAAGGAGAUCCGGGACGACAAGGUGGCCACCAUCAUCAUCGACGCCAACGCCUCCAUCUCCUACCACAUCCUCAGGAAGGCCAACGAGCUGGGGAUGACUUCAGCCUUCUACAAGUACAUCCUCACCACCAUGGACUUCCCUCUGCUGCGGCUGGACGAUGUGGUGGACGACCAGUCCAACAUCCUGGGUUUCUCCAUGCUCAACAGCAGCCACCCGUUCUACCUGGAGUUCCUGCGCAGCCUCAACCUGUCCUGGAGGGAAGGCUGCGACAUCAGCCCAUACCCGGGGCCAGCGCUGUCGUCGGCGCUGAUGUUCGACGCCGUCCACGUGGUGGUGAGCGCCGUGCGGGAGCUGAACCGCAGUCAGGAGAUCGGCGUGAAGCCGCUCAGCUGCACGUCUCCGCUCAUCUGGCAGCAUGGGACCAGCCUCAUGAACUACCUGCGCAUGGUAGAGUAUGACGGUCUGACGGGUCACAUUGAGUUCAACAGCAAAGGCCAGAGGACCAACUACACCCUGAAGAUCCUGGAGAAACACCCUGGAGGCCACAAAGAGAUCGGCAUCUGGUACUCCAACAACACGUUGGCCAUGAACUCAACGUCCCUGGACCUGAACGCCUCGGAGACGCUGGCCAACAAGACGCUGAUCGUCACCACCAUCCUGGAAAACCCGUACGUGAUGCGUAAGUCCAACUACCAGGACUUCCAGGGCAACGACCAGUACGAGGGCUUCUGCGUGGACAUGCUGCGGGAGCUGGCCGACAUCCUCAAGUUCAACUUCAAGAUCAAGCUGGUGGACGACGGGCUCUACGGGGCCCCGGAGCCCAACGGCAGCUGGACCGGCAUGGUGGGAGAGCUCAUCAACCGGAAAGCAGACCUGGCGGUGGCCGGCUUCACCAUCACGUCGGAGAGAGAGAAGGUGAUCGAUUUCUCCAAACCCUUCAUGACUCUGGGGAUCAGCAUCCUGUACCGGGUUCAUCUGGGUCGUAAACCAGGUUAUUUCUCCUUCCUGGACCCGUUCUCUCCGGCUGUCUGGCUCUUCAUGCUGCUGGCCUACCUCGCCGUCAGCUGCGUCCUCUUCCUCGCCGCCAGGCUGAGCCCCUACGAGUGGUACAACCCUCACCCGUGCCUGCGGGAGCGGCGGGACAUCCUGGAGAACCAGUACACGCUGGGGAACAGCCUGUGGUUCCCAGUGGGAGGCUUCAUGCAGCAGGGCUCCGAGAUCAUGCCCCGGGCCCUGUCCACACGCUGCGUCAGCGGAGUCUGGUGGGCGUUCACCCUCAUCAUCAUCUCGUCCUACACAGCCAACCUGGCGGCGUUCCUGACCGUCCAGAGGAUGGAGGUUCCCAUCGAGUCUCCGGACGACUUGGCCGACCAAACCAACAUCCAGUACGGAACCAUCCACGGAGGCUCCACCAUGACCUUCUUCAUGAACUCGCGGUACCAGACGUACCAGCGGAUGUGGAACUACAUGUACUCCAAGCAGCCCAGCGUGUUCGUGAAGAGCACGGAGGAGGGCAUCGCCCGCGUCCUCAACUCCAAGUACGCCUUCCUGAUGGAGAGCACCAUGAACGAGUACUACCGCAGCCUCAACUGCAACCUGACGCAGAUCGGAGGGCUGCUGGACACCAAAGGAUAUGGCAUCGGCAUGCCGCUGGGCUCUCCGUACAGAGACGAGAUCACUCUGGGGAUCUUGCAGCUGCAGGAGAGCAACCGGCUGGAGAUCCUGAAGAGGAUCUGGUGGGAGGGAGGACAGUGUCCCAAAGAGGAGGACCACCGAGCCAAAGGGCUGGGCAUGGAGAACAUCGGGGGGAUCUUCGUGGUCCUGAUCUGCGGCCUCAUCAUCGCCGUCUUCGUGGCCAUCAUGGAGUUUGUUUGGUCGACGCGCCGCACCGCCGAGACGGACGAGGUGUCUGUUUGUCAGGAGAUGCUGACAGAGUUUCGUAACGCCGUCUCCUGUAAGAAGAGUUCCCGCUCUCGCCGCCGCCGGCCCCUGAGCAGUGCCGGGGGCGGAGUCCUGCGCCACCCGUCCCGCCUCGCCCUGGCCACGCCCCGCCCCAUCCGCCUGGUCCGCGAGAUGCGUCUCAGCAACGGCAAACUGUACAGCGGCACCGGCUCUCUGACGGGCGGGCUGGGGGGAGGGAUGGGAGGCGGCCCUGAUCUGGGCCCGGGGCCACAGAGGCUCCUGGAGGACCCGCUGGGCGCCAACACCAGCACGCCGCCGCCCCCUCCUCCCCCGGUGUCGGCGCUGGUGGCCCCGCCCGCCCCGCUGCGCAGCUUCCUGCAGGGCUGCAGCCACGUGCGGAUCUGCCAGGAGUGCCGGCGGAUCCAGAGCCUGAGACCCGCCACGCUCACGCCUCCUCCGCCUCCCCCGCCGUCCUCCUCCUCCUCCGCCUCCUCCUGCUCCCGGAUCCCUCCGGCGCCGGGGCACCACAUCCGCCACAACCCGCACCACCACCUCCACUACCACCACGGCUCCAUGUCGCUGCCCCGCCUCCCGCCGCCGCCGGCCCCGAUCCCAGCGGACAGAGCCGACAGCGACGGGGGCGGAGGAGGGGGAGGGGUGGCGCCGAGCCCGCGGCGCGCCAACACCAAACCGCCGCCGCCGCCCCGGCCGCUGCCUCCCCCCAAGACGCCGACACGCCCGCCGACAGACUUAUUGGCGGGACACAACUGAGCGACUGUGUGGACUGGACAGUCAUCUGAGGGGUCAAAGGUCACGGUUUUAACUCUCGGUGAACUUUUACCUUCUGGCCCCGACGACACAGCUGGAUCGGUCCAAUCUGCAGCGGGACGGGGGGGGGACGGGGGGGCGGGAGAAACCAUUUCGACCCGUUUGCAGGGUCGUCCACUGAAACAUAGCGCCCCCCGGUGGUGGGCGGGUUGAACCACUCCGACCCGUCUGCAGGUGGAUAAAUAAUAAAUCAAACAUUUUGGAUUAAACCAGCUGAGGUGUUUGGAGUCCGCAGAGGACCGACAGACGGACGGACAGGAAGUGGCGGCCAAACGGACGCCAU